AGACAUAAACAAUCACUUUAUAACGAAUCUUAAGGAAAACGUUCAACUUAUGUGGCUAAGAAGUUCAUUUACCUUAAAAUUUUACAAAACACAAGUCACAAAAAAGAUUCACGUAUGAAUUCGAGAAUCAUUUAACUAAAAUAUGGAGCUAAAUUAGCUUCAAUGAUAACCGAUUUCGACAUACCAACCUACUUAUGAAAUCAAACCGUGCGAUUCAACCAAUUCAACAUCAAUUUGCGCAAAAAUUGAAGAAACUAGUAAGAAUCAAUUUUCGUUCAUAAGGGAUUUAAUAUAACAUUAAAAAAAAACCCAUAAAAGAACACCAACCAUUUUGGAAUUUUUGAAAUUCACACAAGGAAAAAAAGUGUAAAUUUGAAUUGAAACAACACUUUUACAAAGAAAUUGGAGAAGAAAAAGAAAUUGACAAAUAAAGGGUUACCAAUUGGAGGAAGAAGAUGAACAAAUUGAGGAAUUGGAGCUUGAAGAAACCAUGCCCGGAGCUACUGCCACCGCCGGCCACCGCCUCGCCGGUCGCCUCUCCAAGCCGCUGCUUUAUUCCCGUUGAUGUUCCCCUCUCGUUGUUCCCCCCUCUGUUUCCCCCUUGUGAAGCUUCAAUUUAUAGAAUGGAGAGCCAAAUUCUUCCGUUGGAGCAUUGAUUUUGGCGAACGUUGGAGAAGAGCCGUUGGAGGCUUGGUCGUCGCGGUUACUCUUCGAAGAAGAAGGAGAUGGAGCGCAUUUUUUUCCUUUCUUCGUUGACUUAGAAUGAGGGAGCAGAGAUGGGUUGUAUUUGUUGAUGGCUUUGGGCUUUGGGCCAAAUUCAAUCUCUUCUUUUCAAACUUGAACUCCGUUUUGGCCUUUUGCUAUAUUUUUCUCCAAACAAUAAGAUAUCUGAUAAUUUUUUGGUUAAGAAAAAUAAAAUAAAAAUAAUAGAAUGUAAAAAAUGAUUAAAAAACUACUAUUUAUGAAAGAAAAAUAAAAGAUUGUAAAAAUGAGAAUUAAAAUAAAACUAAACUAAAGAACUAAAAAUUAAAUACUAAAAAUAUAAAAAAUGCAUAAAAAAGAAUAAAAAGAACUAACCCAAAAACGACGUAUCAA